AUGAGGGUUGACCCAUGGAAAGUGUAUGAUCCCUCAAAUAUAGAGCAAGGAAAUCAAAUUGCGCAAUGCGUCUUGAACUUUAUCAAUGAUCCUUUAACCUUGAAAGGAACUAAGAGUCAAUCAACAUUUGAGAAUGCAUUGCCAAAAAUAAACGAAUAUACCGUUUUAUCAGGAAUAGUUGCAUUACAAGGUAAAACAGUGGAAAAAACGUUGAAGAAACGGAAAACAAACACGAUGCCACAAACUUAUCUGUUGACACUAACCACGGGGUUGAAAGUGUUACCUGCCGAAAAGAUACAUACCCAAUCCAGGGGCCGUCUACUUCAUGAUAUGCAUGCAGAGAUUUUGUCAAUUCGACUCUUUAAUUUGAUUCUCUUAGAGGAUAUAAAGAGGAUAAACGAUUGCAGUGAUAAUGAUAGAUGUGGCAAAAUUUUAAGGCAAAAUAGGAAUGGCCUUUUUCAAUUGAGGGAUAGUACAAUUAAACUCGCUAUGUUUGUUACAGAGGCCCCAUGUGGGGAUGCAUCUUUAGAAAAUAUUUCUUCUAGGAGUAGUAGCAAUGUUGAUUGGAAAGAUGAAAAAUGCGGACUCGAACCAAUUAGAGGGAGAUCAUUCUUCAAUAGAAAAGGAUUAGUAAGAACGAAACCUGGAAGAAGAGAUUCGCAAAAAUCUUUGUCAAAAUCGUGUUCGGACAAACUUUGCAUGAAACAAUUUACUUCUUUACUAAACUCAACAACCUUUUCAUUUAUUGAUCCAGCAUAUAGGUACCAGUUUUACUUAGAAUACAUUGUGAUUCCAGAAGAAAGCAUCAGCCCUGUAGAUGUGCAACGAUGCUUUAGUGAUCGGUUGAAUUUAGACAAAUCUGAGACUAAUAUUCAAGAUUAUUUCCACGCAUUUAAAAUCCUCCCCACUGAAUUACCCGAUUUCCCCUAUCAAUUUAAGUUGAAUAACUCCCUGAACGCAUGUGCCACAUCAUUGGUUUAUUCACCUGUGUAUCCAAAUAUGUUGGAAGUGAUAAAUAAGGGUGUACUAAACGGAAGAUCGUCAAAAAAACAUAUUAACAAGGAGGCAAGCAGCCAAUUAUGCCGGGAAGCUCUUUUUGAAAGGGUAGCUGAACUAAAUUCAAACUGUUUUGAAAACAUAAAAACAUAUUCCAACUUCAAAGGAAGUAUCAAAGAGCUUAGGAAAAUUAAAGAAGGAGCCAAGAAGAUAUUCAAAAACUGGGGAGAAUCUACAAUCGAUGAUUUUACAAUUAGAGGAGAAAGCUAA